UACAACUUCAAAACAUGGCGCCAGUUUUGAAAGUCUUUGAUUCAGUUUGUACGAAUUAACGAGCCACGGUACAAAUUAAGGCUCACCCUAGGGAGUUGAACAUUUAUAAAGAAGACCACAAAAGGUACUUACAACUACAAAAGAACAUUGGAAAGAGAGUUCAAGUGUGGAAAAUUUAUUCAGUCUCCCUUAAUUAGCAACUAACCCAGUGCGGACACGUUUGUCGUAAGAGACGGAAUUUUAAAGCUUACUUGGUUGUCAUUAAUCGUUUAAAGAUGUAAGCAGCGUUUCGAGGUGACGGGAUUUUAAGCGGGUCGACAAAACUCCAACAAUGGCCUGAAUUUCUUCUCCGCCAAAGAAUUCGAUUGCUUGAAGUGACCGUGUAACAAGAUAACAAGCAAAGGGAAACCCAAAGGUUCCCGUAGUUGAACGAAUUAGUUGAGAGAUCACUAAAGUAGACUAUAGCUCAAUGGAAAUUCUUAUUUUAAUAAUUCUCGGUAUCACCGGUGGUGUUAUGAUCGCCACUGUAGCAGCCUCUGGUAUUUAUUAUUCGUACCGGAGUAAAAAAGGGAAAAAGGACAAAGAGAAGACGGCUGCUGCUAAGGUCACUACCAAUACCAAAUCGCGCCGAUUCGCCCACGUGGAUUCUGAGUCCUUUGUCUUGAUUCAGGAUGAGUCUGUGGUGGAUUUUGACAGCAUUCCUGUGCAGCCUGAAACAAGACGACCAAUCAGGUCUCCUGACGAUGUAUAUCCCCCGCUUAGAGAGGAGGAGCAAGAUGACUAUCUACUGAAUAGCCUGGACAUGGAUCUUAGUUCCACCUCGGUUAUACCACCGGAGGAAACAAUAGAAAGGAAAGGAUGUUUGGAAUUUACAUUACAUUAUUAUCAGCUAAGCUCCACCCUAACAUUGACUUUAAUUCGUCUUGGUGACCUUCCUUUGCGUCCAUCCACGGGCAAACCACCGGAUCCUGUCGUCGAGUUCGAAAUCAAGUACGGUCACGAAGGUAAAAUCAAGUCUGAAGUGUAUCAUACCACGUGUGAUCCACACAUGUAUGAGAGUUUCCGGUUCGAAAUUCCCGUCAACGACCUUGGAAACCAGACACUGACGUUCAAAGUGAUAGACAUGAUGAUAACCAAUAUACCGGAGCCUCCACCCCCACCGCCACCCCCAGAGGACGAUAAGAAGAAGAAAAAGAAGAAAAAUGAGCCACCUCCACCCCCACCCCCGCCUCCACCACCCCCUCCCCCAACACUGAUAGGAUUUGUCACGGUUCCUCUGGUCAGCGUUGCGAUGAAAAAUUUAUUAUCCGAUACUGAGAUCACGAUCCUCCGUGACGUCAUCAAACUCAAACCCAGACGUCCGCCGCCAGAAAAGAUCGAUACUGAGGGCGAGACACUGGUAUCUACUACGGGAACAGGAACAGGGACAGGGACAGAUGAUUUCGAGGAUGCACGGGAUACUGUAGAAGCGGAAGAAAAAGAGACGAAAGAAGAAGAAGAACAAGAGGAACAGGAGGAGGUAGAAGAAGAAGAAGAAGAAGAAGAGGAUGAGGAGAAAAAGGAGGUCGAAGACGAGGAGCCGGAUACUUCCCAGGUAAAGGAACAGGCAGUAGAAACAGUCUCCUCACAUCGCCCCUCGGUCACAUUCUCUCGUGACGUGGAAUCAGACAUGCCGGGGCCUGCGUUGCUAGUGUCCCUAGCAUAUCUCAAAACAUCUGAGAAACUUACAGUAAUCGUGAUGAAAGCGAGGGAUUUAAGGCAAAUCAGCAAAAAUAAGAAACCUGAUCCACUGGUUAAAGUGUAUAUAAAGAUGGGUGAUAAAAAGCUUAAGAAGCGUAACACGUUAGUGAAAAAACAUGACGUCCCCCCGGUGUGGAACGAAGCAUUUAGUUUUGCCAUCCCGUACCGAAUCCUCCACAAAGUGGCAGUUCUGCUUCAAGUGAAGCACUUCUCUGAGCGAGGAAAGAAGCGGUUGCUAGGAAAGAUCACGAUCGGAGCGACGGCGAACGACGAAGCUGUAGAUCACUGGAAUGCCAUGUUGACCUCUUCUUCAUCUGUUGCUAAAUGGCACUCUUUGGAAGAGGAGAAGAGUGGUCGAAGGAGCAAGACGCCAACGAAGCAAAAGGCGUCUUGAAGAUUUGAAAAUGCUUACAGUAUCAUCUGUUGAAAAUGAUCGACAAGAAGCUGAGGAAAGGAAAGUGCUGUGUUAUUGUCACUCAGUGAAGUCUUGAAUGAUCGAUUUUAUGCUUUAUUUAUGCAAGGUUUUCUCGUCAAGCAUUCAUAAUUAUCCUCAUCAGUAACAAGAGGACAUUGGAUCUUAGGUUCUCAUGCUAGUGAUUACUAAACAUUAUUACCUUAUGUCAGCUGAUUCACCUCUGUGUAUUUUACCUCGAUCACGUAACAUCCUGGGUCUUCACUUCUGAUACUAGUUCUCAGGCUUCGCAGUUCAACUAAGGCCGAGAAAACGAGUUAUGAGUUAGUAUACCCGCUGUUACUAAAUCAGGGGGAGGAGGGGUCAGGAUUGCUGACAAGGGUCAAAGCUUUGAUUUAGAAAACACACUUUUUUUUUUCCAAGAAAUAUUUAGAAUGAAACAAAUUAAAGAGAAAAUUAUAAUUUUCUCUUGGUAAAUUUGAAACGCUUCAAAUUAUCCAGUUUUAUGCAAUCCUGUCAUUGCAGAAGUUUGGGCUUCAUACAAGUAUUAAAAAUCCCGGAUGUCACAGAGGGGUUCUCGUACCCGCCGGAUCUGCUACUAUAGCUAAAACACAAAUUUCUUUCAGAAAUAUAUAGAUCAUGGGUGAUUAGGGUAUAUUAGGGCAUUUGUAGUUAGUGUAAUAUGUGGGUAAAGCAUAGCCACUAAUACAAUAACACACAAGAUAAAGCCACGAAGGGAAAUUUAUUUCCUUAGUUUUCUUUAUAAUGUGGUAAAAAAUUUACGUCGGUAGUUUGCUACUUAAGAAGGCCUCAAAUUACAAAAUACCUGCGAAUCAUGAAGAACUAAGUGACAAACAUUCAAAAGGUAUGUCUUUAUUAACAGGCAUCUACCUUUGAAGGUUGAAAAAUAAUAUAACUUUCUCGUCCUUUUAUAAUUAUCACUGAUAUGUCAACUUCAGGAUGGAAGGGAAGGUGAUUGCAAUAACAGUGAUCUUUCUUGGAAUUAAUGGAUAUAGGAAUGAUGUUUCGGAUUUUUUAAGGGCUUUUUUGGUAUUUUUGAAAUUCCAAAAUGUCAAACUGCAGCGAAGGAUAACGGCUAACUCAGCUUUUACUGAGUCUUUUUGAGAACGAAUUUUACAGUCAUUUAUAUUUCCGUUAUACAUUUAUUUUAAGUACAAACUAGACGUAAUUUUAUUUUUGUUUAUAAAACCGCAUUUCCAUGCGGGGAAACAGCCUCAUUUCCAGUGCUCGUUUCCCUUCGUGUGGCAAGAUCUCGAGAUCCACGAAUUGAAGAAGAAAGAGUCUUGGUACGAGCUUGCGGCUUUUUGUAAGUUGAUCAAUAAAAAGUGCUUUGAUACAAAAUAGUUCUUGCUUUAGUGUUUAUACAUGAUUAUUGUAAGUCUGUGAUAUACUUGGCAAGCGUUUCAGUGCUUUCUCAAUAAUUUACUAAAGGGUUACAAAACUGAACGUCAAAGAUAAUAUUUUGGUUGGUUUUUAUGUUGUUUCAGUGUUGACAUUUCCUCACUUGAAAUUCUUGAGACAAGGAGAAUCUAAAGAGGAUUGGAUUGACUUUCAAAGGGUUUAUAGUUGGUAAAAGCUUCCUCAAUUAAUGACUCCUUAUUUGACAUUAUUGUUACUUUACAACCUCUACUUUCGUUGUAGGAUGUAAUUAAUCACAAAGAAAUUUCUUCAUGAGCGUUAGAAAUCUAGGGGGCUUUCCAUUCAACAAAAAUCACGGGUUCAAUAUGUCGGUAUUUUCGCUGGCCGAAUGGAACGCGUCCGACCGUAUCUAAGAGGGCACACUCAAAACGUAUUCCUAAAUGUUCGAAAACUUAUCCCGGAACUUUUCCCGUUCCAUUCGAUUUGAGACCGGAAAUCUCGAAAAUUUUGGUCAAAUGGAAAGCGCCCCGAGUUUUGUUACUGUUUUCCUUCCCUUCGCCUUAUGAUUGGUCUAAAAAAAACUCCUGCCUCUCUCUCAACCGAUCAGAUUCAAUUUUAAACCGAUAACGACUUAGGGCGCUUUCCAUCAAAAAAAUAUCACCGGUUCAAAAUGUCGGUAUUUUCGCUGGUCGAAUGGAACGCGUCCGACCGCAUCCAAGAGGGUACACUCAAAACGUAUUCCUAAAUUUUCGAAAACUUAUCCCGGAACUUUUCCCGUUCCAUUCAAUUUCAGACCGGAAAUCUCGAAAAUUUUGGUCAAAUGGAAAGCGCCCUUAGUCACUCGCACGGUUUCCCGCGUCUUUCCUUACUUCUUACUGGUUGGAUUACUUCGGCUGGAUCGAAAUGCGCCAAACGACAAAAUUUUAAUUUAAUUUAAUUUUAAUUUUUAAUUUAUUGAUUUAUUACAGAUUCCAACAAUUAAGAGGCUCUUCUUCUGUAACAAUUACUAAUCUAAUCUA